CAACGCCCAAUAUGACACUAUCUGUUUUGCUCUGAUGAGGAGAGAUUUUUCCGCUGCUGCUAUUUCUGUUUUCCAGCUUUGAUUUACACCAAAGUUUGAAGUCUUGGUAUGUUGAAAAAAUGGCAUUUCUCUUAUCAGCAACAAUAGUCAAGCUGAGCCCCAAGCUGUUUCACAACACCAGAGGAAAUACACAGGAAAACCCAGAAGCAACUAUUUGUUUCUUCCCUGGAUUGGGUGACAAGAAUAACAAACAAAAUAAAGUUUCAACCAUUAGUUUAGCAGUAAAGAACCAAUCUUCUAAUCAAACAACAGAGAAAAUUCAUGGUAAAGUCUCACCUAGAAGAGGAAACAAUCCGGUUUCGAGUGAGGGAAGAGAUGGGGAUCAGAACUAUGGGCCUAUCUGUCCUGGUUGUGGGAUUUUUAUGCAAGAUAAGGACCCAAAUCUUCCGGGCUAUUAUCAGGAAAGGAAGGUUUUUGGCAGGAAAGUAGCAGCGAACGAGGAUGAAGAUGACUUGCUGGAGUACUUUGGGGAUGAACUUGAAGGGUUGGAUGAUGAUGUUGAAGAAGAAGAAGAAGAGGAUUUUGUGGAUGACAUUGAGGGAAAUGACGCAAAAGAAGAUAACUUGGGAGAGGGGGAUGAGUUUGAUUGGGAUUCUGAUGAAUGGGAAGCUAAGUUUAUAAAAGGAGGGGAUGAUUUAGAGUUUGAUGGUUUUGCUCCAGCGACUGUUGGGUAUGGUAAUAUUACAGAAGAAAAUAUGGAGAAGGGUAAAAGGAAGAGAUUGUCGAAAGCAGUAAGGAAAAGGAUGGCUAGGGAAGCAAAGGAUAAAGAGGAGGUGACUGUCUGUGCACGAUGUCAUUCUUUGAGGCAUCAUGGGCAGGUGAAGAACCAAUCUACUGAAAACUUGAUACCUGAUUUUGACUUUGAUAGAUUAAUUACAACUAGGUUAAUAAAGCCUACUGGCAAUGCUGGUGCUACUGUUGUUGUUAUGGUUGUUGAUUGUGUUGAUUUUGACGGUUCCUUCCCGAAACGGGCUGCAAAGUCAUUGUUCAAGUUGUUGGAAGAGGGCCAAACUGACUCCAAACUUUUCAAAAAGUUGCCAAAACUUGUUCUUGUGGCUACAAAGGUUGAUCUUCUCCCGUCACAAAUCUCACCUACUAGGUUAGACAGAUGGGUUAGGCACCGAGCCAAGGCUGGAGGAGCACCCAAGCUUAAUGGGGUAUAUUUGGUAAGUUCCCGUAAGGAUUUGGGUGUAAAGAAUUUGUUGUCAUUCAUAAAGGAGUUAGCAGGUCCCCGAGGUAACGUGUGGGUUAUUGGGGCUCAAAAUGCAGGGAAGUCUACUCUAAUCAAUGCAUUUGCAAAGAAGGAAAAGGCAAACACGACAAGGCUUACAGAAGCUCCUGUUCCUGGGACAACUCUUGGGAUUUUGCGAAUUGGGGGGAUUUUGUCAGCCAAGGCAAAAAUGUAUGACACUCCAGGGCUCCUACAUCCAUAUCUAAUGUCUAUGAGAUUAAAUAGAGAUGAGCAGAAGAUGGUUGAAAUAAGAAAGGAGCUAAAACCUCGGACAUACAGAGUGAAGGUGGGGCAGGCUGUCCAUGUUGGUGGGUUGAUGAGGCUAGAUCUUAAUCAUGCUUCGGUGGAGACAAUUUAUGUUACAAUUUGGGCAUCACCAAAUAUUUCUCUACACUUGGGGAAGGUAGAAAAUGCUGAUGAAAUACAGAAGAAACAUGUUGGUAUCAGGUUGCAGCCACCCAUCGGUGAAGACCGAGCAUCUGAAUUAGGCAAAUGGGAAGAAAGGGAAGUUAAAGUGUCUGGAAGUAGUUGGGAUGCGAACAGCAUCGACAUUGCAGCAGCUGGCUUAGGUUGGUUCUCCUUGGGCCUCAAGGGUGAAGCAACAUUGGCAUUAUGGACAUAUGAUGGCAUUGAGAUAACCUUGAGAGAGCCAUUAGUUCUUGACAGAGCACCAUUUCUUGAAAGACCUGGGUUUUGGCUACCAAAAGCGAUAUCUGAUGCCAUUGGCAACCAAAGUAAACUUGAGUCCCAGAAAAGGAAAAAAAAAAUUGAGCAAAGUACAGACUACCUUUCUGAGGUUUCUGCUUGAAGUGGAUUAGUUAUAGUACAAAGCCUUUAUAGUCUUGUCAGUGACAUGAUACAGACGGGAAUUCAAUCCUGGCUUAUCUCAACUCAAGUUUACUAGGUUUAGCUACAGAGAGUGUACAGAAAUGUAUUGAUCCCCUAAUUGAAAGAAGAGUUUUUGAUUGGAUCUGAUUUUAAUAUUAGAAAGAAGUAUAUCAAGCGUUCAAUGUAGCAUAUGAUUGAUUCUGUGUUAUGAGAUUUAUGCAAUCUGUGUAUCUAACUUGUUUCUUA